AUUUCCCUUAGGCAAGCCAAAUCUCCUAAAAAAGUGGGUGCAAGUUAUGAGACGAAACGACUUCCAUCCAACAAAGACUACCUAUCUAUGUGGGAAACACUUCACAGAGGAAGAUUUUGAGGUUGGGGGACUCAUCAGAAGGCUAAAGCCAGAUGCCAUCCCUAGAAUUUUUUAUUUUCCAAAUCAUUUGCUCUUAAGAUGGCAUGGCCAUAAGAAAGGGCAUCAACUGGCUGAGAUAAUCUCUCAGGCUGUAUCAAAGCUGCUGGAAGUUGGGAUGUCUCCAAAGGCACUUGUCUGUGAUGGCCUGAGGGCCAAUCUCACUAUGAUGACAGAACUGGGUGCUAGACUCAGUCCCCCAGAGAAGCCAUAUAUUGAGGUACAUGGAGUGAGAUUAUUUCCCUUGGGCAAGCCAAAUCUCCUAAAAAAGUGGGUGCAAGUUAUGAGACGAAAAGACUUCCAUCCAACAAAGACUAUCUAUCUAUGUGGGAAACACUUCACAGAGGAAGAUUUUGAGGUUGGGGGACUCAUCAGAAGGCUAAAGCCAGAUGCCAUCCCUAGCAUUUUUGAUUUUCCAAAUCAUUUGCUUAAGGUAAUCAAGGAACGGCAAGCCCCAAAAAAGAGGAAGAGGUCUCUCAGUCCUGUGAUGGAUGGAAAGUUAGUGGCAACAGAGCAUAAUUAUUCCAAUUCCCUUGAAGUGAGCCCAAGAAAGAUGAGGAGGGAGAUGGAGAAACUGAAAGCAAAGUUUGAGAGACAAUUGACAACUCUGAGACAGAAAACGGCACGGAAAAGUGGCAGAAUCAUGCAGCUGAGUAAGGUAAUUCAGGAGUUGGAAGAAAAAAAUAUUCUCAGUGAUCAAGGCAUGGCAUCAAUUGAAAGGUUCAAACCUCUGGCCCAAACUAUCUUCCUGAAUGAGAAAAGAAACUGUGAAACUACAAGGCAAGGGCAUCAACUGGCUGAGAUAAUCUCUCAGGCUGUAUCAAAGCUGCUGGAAGUUGGGAUGUCUCCAAAGGCACUUGUCUGUGAUGGCCUGAGGGCCAAUCUCACUAUGAUGACAGAACUGGGUGCUAGACUCAGUCCCCCAGAGAAGCCAUAUAUUGAGGUACAUGGAGUGAGAUUACUCUUUGAUGUCUUGAAUUGCUCAAAUCCGUAUGGGAGGGGCUACAAGUCUCCUCUUAGACCAGAGACAGAGUAUGUCUGGCAGCUGUUCCUUAAUGAAAUGGAAGGGAAGCUGAGAAACCUCCUGAUGCCAGAUGGAUCAGCAGUUGCUGCUCAGCCCCGAGUUGGAGCUCUGGGAUUAAUAGUGGACAUCAAAUCUGUAUCAGAAGGCCUCAACUGUCUCCUCCUUGAGACCAAGGCCAAUGACAUGUCGGCCAGCCUUGAGAAGAAAGUGAUACUUAGUGAAAGGGCCCCUCAGGUACAGGGCCGAAACCUUUCAGGUCAGGCCGUGGAUGCUGCAAUACAUCUGGUGCCACCAGUACGGAAGAUAAGUUGU